CUCUCUCCGCCUCACGGCUCGGCUCGGCUCGGACACACACCGCAGCAGUCACACGCAGACUCACUCACACACUCACACACACACGGCGAGGACGCGGAAUGGAGACGGAAGGGAGCCAGAGCAGCCUGUCCAGCACGGACUCCCCUCACGACCCCUGGUAAGGAAAACUUUUGCUUUUUUUACUUUUUCCUACCUCUCUAAAAAACACACACACUCUCACACACACUCACCUCAGGAACAAACCUGGUAUUCUGCACUGGGACACACACACACACACACACCUCCACACUGGCAGCCUUCAUGUAAAAUCAGAUACACUCUCUAACUCUCCUCCUAACUCCUUUAAAAGCUCAAUAAGAAGGUUUUUACAGCAUAUUAACUCAUUUUAAAGUACAUUUAUUCACCUUCACUUUAAUUUUCCUCUUUUUUUCACAGCAAAAUGUUCAUAGGUGGACUCAGCUGGCAAACCACACAAGGUAAAUCUGUUUUCUACAACUAUUUCACACUCCUAAAAAUCGCCCAUGUGUGUUGAAAAGUCCAGACAUGAACCAGAGGGACUGAUUUAUAACUUAUUUGUGAAAAAGCUAAUUUUGUUUACACAAAAUUUGUUUAUUUGUUUUGGCUUUUUUAGAGAUUUGAAUAUGAAACCUGCUCCAGAAUGAAUGCAGCCAUUCAGAACCGCUAUAUGAUGAAUGAGUGAUUCUUUUAAACUUGAUUAAUAAUCCAGAAAUAACAGAAUAAAUCAUGUAUUUAUUAUUGUUGUUAUAACCAAGAAUGAUUGAUUUAUAUUGAGCUCCAAUCAGUGAGUAUUUCACGUGUUAAUUUGGUAGAAAAGUGUGUGAACUCUUGUGCGGGAAAUCACAGCAGAGUGAAAAAGUUGGAGUUGUGAGUUUCCGUCUACAAAGUUGUUAUUUCUUGUUUAUUAAUGUUUCAUCUGUCUGUGUUUUCCUCUCCAGAGGGUCUGAAGGAGUACUUCUGCAAAUACGGCGAGGUGAAGGAGUGUAUGGUGAUGCGAGAUCCGGUUACUAAGCGCUCGAGGUGAGGGGAUCUGCCUGGCUCCUCCGCUGGAGCUGAAAGUUUAUCUGACCUCCGUGAUUCCUCUCUGCUCAUAACGUAUCAUUACAUGUCAACAUCAGUUUCUCUGUCAUUAAUACUCUCUCUCUCUCUCUCUCUCUCUCUCUUCUGCUCAUCCCGGUGCCUGCAGAGGGUUUGGAUUCGUUACCUUUGUUGAUCAGGCUGGCGUGGAUAAAGUUCUGGCCCAAACCAGGCACGAGUUGGACUCAAAAACAGUGAGUUCUCUGUAUUUACUUCCCACCAGCGGCUAAUCCCAUUGCUCAGUGUUUGAUUAGUGGAUUUUCCGAUAAUCCGCCAGAGAGGUGUAACAUUGCUGCAUUUUUUUUUUUGUAUAUUUACUGAGGUUCCACUUUACUGAUGUUUUCUGAAACCGCCGCCACACAUGAUGGGAGCACUUUCGUGACCUCUCUUUUCGGCUCAAGAAAACGCUCGCCAGUGUCGUUUUCCAUAGAAACAAGGGGAACCGGAUGAGGGUGGCUCUCACUGACACCCUCUGAUUUUGUCUCUGAACUAAAGCCCUCUUACUGCUUCUUUUCCGCUCGGUCCCAAGAGGCAGAAUCGUCCCCUUAAAAAAGAAAAAAAGUUUUCUCAGUUGGAGGCAGAAAAUGCAACCUGAAACCGCGAAGGUGUGAAAGCAGCAACAAACCGACUCAGGGAGAGGAGCGCUGAGAUUUUAGACGGCGAUGACACAUUCAGCCUCUUUCACCUGUGCGAAUAUCCUAACUUGAAAUGUAUUAAUCGCCUGUGUUGCAGUGUGUGUGUGUGCGUGUGUGUGUGUGUGUGUGUCUUUUUGUCAGUAAUGAAUGUGGGCCGGUCUGGGAACAAUGUGGCCCGUUGGUCGCCAUAGGGACCACUGCCCCCGCCUCCCUCCUCUGUGGGAGUGGUGAUGGCUGCGGGUUAGUCACUGUAUUGAAAUGAGGGGAGGCUAUUUCUUCUUCUUCUCCCCUUUUGUGCACUUUUCUCGAGUCUUUGGAGGGUGAAUGGAGGUGCGGGAGACCAAAAAAAAUCUUGAGCCAACUUGUAAGGAAAUGAGAUUUUCUUUCUCUUAUUAUAAAAUCCAAAAUUAGCAGCCGUUUGAUGGAGGAGUCAAACUAAAUUUAGUUUUUUCUUUCUUGGUUUCCCCCACUGCCCCACUGCUGCAGUGUCACUUGCAGGCACGACAGCUAUGACAAGUAGCACCAUCAUGGUUGGACGCCACUAACUCGCCAUGGGGUUUGUUUCCAUAGUGACCCCCCCUCCUCAACAGUUGAAGAAUGGCUCUGUCACAGAAAAUAAAAAGGAGAUAACAAUGCACAUCGUUUACAAUCAUUUCUUGGAUACUAGAAGUGAAGACAGUGGGGGUCAUGAUUCUGACAUGUACAGGCUGUAAAGCGGCGAUUCGGUUGUAUCAACACAAGAAUAGAUGAAACACAAUCAAACUGAAAGUGGAGCGGACGUUUUAAGGUGCGAAAAUACAGUUUUGGUUUGAAGUCACUGAUUGGUGACGCUCACUUAUCUUAUUUUACCUGCACAUAAACAUACCAAGGAUACACGGUAUUAUCAAAAGUAUCAAAAGAUUAUUAUCGUAGAAAUAUCAGCAGAAAUUUGCACAGUUUGCAACGCAACGACAGCUUAUAUGCACAAACUUCAACAUGGAAGUAUGUUGAAGUUUCUGAAACAGACAGCAGGCACAUAACUGAGUGUGUUUUAGUUAAAGUUUAGUUAUCAUUUGAGUUUUCUUCUUUCUCAAACAAAUAGACAGUCACAAAUAAAGUAACAGGUGAAUUCUUGCAAAGGAGUGCUUUACAAUCAGAUAUCAUGCUGCAAAACUUCCAAAUCUGUCAAAAUAAAAGCAUGAAUUAGUCUUUAACACCAAUGAUUUCAGACUAGACAUGUUUUUAUGGCCAUUUAUAUUCCUUUGACCAGAUUUAACAAAUGAAAGGUCCAAACUGCAUAAAACUAAUAGUAGGCACGGUGCAUCCCUCACGAUAUCAGUGUGUGAUGAUUGAUUAUUUGCAGGACGAUAAUUUAGUGAUUCAUCAGGAUAUCUAAUUAACUGAUCGAUACAAAAUGAGCCCAAAAAUUCACUUUUUCAAUGACAAUUUUAACAGUCAGAACGGCGUUUGUUACAUCAUCCAAAUAUGUUCUCCCUCCCUCCCUCCGUGUAAACACAGACAGGUCGCCCUUUCUGGCCGCUAUCUUAUGGAAAAACGAAGCGGUGAUGACUCCAUCUCUCUAGUUUUGGUUCGAGUUAAAUCGGGCUCUUUGUGGCCUCCGCUGGGGUGUGUCAGUGGCGUUUUGUGCAGGCCUCAGAGUGUGUUUCUUGUCGUGGAGAGGGCUCACUGAUCAUCCACAGGGGUUGGAUGGUGAGUUGAGUAGAGGCCUUUAUAGACGACUCACCCAGCCCCCGUCUCCCCCCUCUCUCUCUCCCAUACAGACAGGUUAUCCUGUUUGAGAGAAAAAGUUCUCCAGUGGCAACAGAAAGAAUGUGCCAUGCUGUGACCGACUGAACCGCUCCGGCACUGGAAUUAACAGAGCUUUGCACAGCCGAGAGGCUAAAGAGCAAAUACAGUGCUGCUGCGGAGGAAUUUAUUGGUACUUAUUGUGCUGAAGGACAGAUGCGUUCAGGUUUUGACCGGUGUAGGAAAGGCCGUUUUUUUACUGUGAUUUAUGUCGCUGCUGCUGCUGCUGCGUUAGUCGCCCCUCUGGGUGCCCUCCCGGCUUCCUGCUAUCUGUAAAGUCUGUGACGGCCGAUGCAAACUGCACCUUUGUGGGACAAAGUUUCCAUUCAAUGGCAGCUCUAAGGUGCACAGCGGAGAGUUUUACAACAAAGUCACACAGCUCUUUUCGCAGAGUGCUUUAACCGUUUCCACGCCGACCUGAAGAGGGAAAAAUAAAGUGGGGGAGGAAGAUAACCCCGUCCGUGAUUAGUUUGGCUCUUCUGACUAAUAGGAUUGAAGUCAACAAGCUUGAGUUGUUCCUCUGAGAUGGCGAGCGCGGCCCAAUCGGCACGUUGGGUUAAGUGUGCUCCCAGCUCAGGGCUGUGACAGGCAGCGCGCUCGGCCAACUGUUGCGUAGCCUGGAUGGAGUUGGUCAAAGGGGAUUGCCCUGAUUUCAUAAACCUCUCUUGGAAUUACGCUCAGCCUCUUCUUCCCCUGUUGCCUCGCUGUGAGCGCAGAGGGGGGGUUUAGGCCCCGCGCACCUUAAAAUAACAGCACCUGUCCUUAAGUGUGUUUUUAAGUAACACAGAUCCCCUAUAGGCGUGUUUAAAGUGCCCUGAUACCUGAUAAAAAAUCACUUAUAGUGCUUUUAAAAAGGAUUCUCAUUUGAUUUUGUACUUCAUUCAUGUUUGAUUUUCAGUGCGCCACAUUCAGCCACAUGAAUUAUCUGUUUAACGUCCACAUUUCCUCCCCUCGGAUGCUGCUGUGUGCUUCCAUGUGUUUGAUUCUGUUUGUUUGUGUGUGUGUGUCUGUUUGUUUUUGAAUGUGCACAGGAAGUUUUUGGACAUCAGGAUGGGUUGGUGAUGACCGGAGGUGACUAUCAGAGUAGUCUUAGCCACCAUAGACACUAAAAACUAGUAGAGACUCUGCAUCUGAUCCUCCAGUCUUAGCCUCUAGUCUUCUCACUCUGCUCUCUAGAAAAAAAAAAAAAAGAGAUAAAAAGAAAAAAAAAAAAGAGAGACUAGAUUUGCGGUGAACUUUUAUAUUCGAGUAGAAACGACACCGUUAGCCUACCUGUGGUAAACGCAUGUGUUUUACCAUAGAGGCUCUAGCUCUCUACUGUAGUUGAACUCUACCCUCUCAUGGUUACGGACUAAUCUUAGCGCUGUACUGUCUCACCAUCUGUUAGUGUAACUGCAGUACAGUGUGGUGUAGUCUAGUUGUUCUUUAGCUCUGUUAGAGAUCAGUUUAGACUAAUAUAGAGGUCUCAAAUUCCAAUUUUACAGCCUGUCUAUGAUUGCAUCCUCAAAGCAUGGUGUGGUUCUCUCUCCAAUCUUAACCUCCUCGGCCUCCAGUUUCGGCCAAAUUCUGUCUUUUUUUGUUGUAAUUUUUUUAGAGCGAGGAUUUACAUUAACGGAGGUUAAGUUAAGCUGAUUCUUCUUCUCGGGUGUAAACAUCAGGAGCAGCAGGGUAGAGGAAGAUCCGGAUCAACCUUAAAGCGUCCGGAUGACGCACGCUCCCUGUUGUUUGGCAUCACCUCCAUCACAAAAAAAAGAGCGGAGGGAGGCAGAAACAAACACACACAAACAAACAAAAAAAGUGGGUGGAUCUGCUGUCGGUGUGUGGUUUGAUUGACAGCUCCCUCUCUCUCUCCCCCUCUCUCUCUCUCUCUCUCCUCCCUCGUGGACUCGCUCGUCCUCCCCUCUUUUUCCCUGAGGUGAAGCGUGUUUGUGAUUGUAGAGCCCGUGUGAGAUUCCAGGAGAUCACAUGUCACACGGUGGUGACGAGAGAGGCAGGGGUUCGCCGGACAGUCCCGUGCAUUCCACCUGCGCACAGCUGCACCGACACACACAUAACACACACACAUAUAACGCACACACACACAGGCGCAUCCUUUUUAUCCUCAUAUAGGCAUUUGUGAUAAAACUUUGAAGACAAGAGGAUUUCGAGUCUUCUCAUCCUGUCUUUGCAUUUGCAUAUUUGAGUAAUUACUGAGGCAGGUACUUAUCAAGACUUUUACUGCUUUUUUUCUCCGAUUUCAGCCUUCACAUCAGAACAAUUAAACUGAAUAUAAAAGUCUAUUCUAAAAGCUGAAAGGCAGCGUUUCUUCUUUCCAGUAAAUUAUGAUGGAAAAAACUUUUUGUUCAACCAAUAAAAAGUUCCUGUAAGAACCUCGGCAGCUCCGUUUGUGACAAAUCCUGCCGAACAGCCGUGAUGACUUUUUCCACUGAGAAAUGAGUGACUGCAGAUCUUUGAAGACCCUGAAAAACUCUACCAAAACAAUCUUGAGAAGAGUUUUCUCUCUCUUAUAUCCGGAUCUGGCCCUUUGUGCAUGUCAUGAUUGUUCUGUUUCCAAGCACAGUGAGGGAUAAAACUUUAGACGCACAGCUGUUUUGGAGUUUGAUGCUUUGAUUUUGAUUCAGGAAGAAGAUUCAGUCUUUUCAGAAUAAAAGAUGAGACAGUGAGGUGGAGGACAUGUAUUUCAUCGCACAGCUCUAACCGUCUCCUUUCUGUUUCUGUAUUUUCUCCCGCAGAUCGACCCAAAGGUUGCAUUCCCUCGCAGAGCUCAGCCCAAGGUGAGUCGAACCGCCUCCUGCAGGUCGGUGUGAGUUGAACGUUUCAGUCUCUUAUCUGGGCUAAUGCCUCGUAAUCUGAUGAACACGAUCAGUGUUGACAUCUCUGAACUGUUACGUGACGGCGCGUUAACAAAAAGCUUCACAACUUUUAGAGAGAGAGAGAGUCGCCAUUGUUGAGACAACCUUAACACGUGUAUUAAAUUUCCAGUAUGCUCUGUGCCGAUCUAAGCCGCUCUGUCUCGUUCAAUAACAACAACAAGACGACGAGGAGGAGGAAGAGGGAAAGAAAGGCGAGUUUAAUUCAGCCUGCAGGAGGACUGGGAGUGAAAACAUGGAGAUCAACGUGUGUGUAGUCUCAUAACUCCGCAGAUUUGGAGAAGAAGCUGCUGAAUUAGUUUUCAGGACGCAUAAAGUGCAAAAAAAAGUUUUCAGGACGAUAAGAUAAACUACGCAAACUUUAAAUUCAACGUUUUUAAUUUUAAUGUCAAUCAGGACGAUGUUUCUACAACAGUUCAGCGUUAAUAAAUGUAAAUCCGAUUUGAUUCCUCUUUAAGAAACUGAUUAAAAAACACACAAUGACAUAUUUAGGUGAUGCAAAAACUACAGUAUCACUAACAUUACGCAGCAGCUGAAUGAAAACUAAGUGAGCUGUAGUCCUGCGCCAAAAUGUCUAGCAUGAGUCUGGUCCUGCUCAAGGUUUCUGCCUGUUAAAAGUUUUUCCUCGCCACUGUCACUCAUGUUAGAUAAGAUGGGUCAAAUCUCUCCCGUCUUAAGGGUCUUGGUAAUUCAUCAAAAAAUGAGCGCGGUCUAGACCUGCUCUUUUCUGGAAAUCGUCUGUUGUGAUUUGAUGCUGUACAUAUAAACAUAAAUAAAAAUUGAUUUUUUUAAUUAGGGAUGCUCAAUAUCAGUAUCGGCUGAUAUGCAGAUUUCUACACAUGUAAUUAUCGUUAAAAACAGUGAUGCAUUGAGUGACCUUAAAAAGAGUUUGUAUACAAAUCAAUAUUAGCCGAAAUAUGAGUUUGAAAAUAUCGGCAAAGAUUCAAUUUUGGGCCUAACUACGAAGUAUUUUGUCUUAUCAUCAGACGUUUGACUGAAAAGUGGGAGAAGCAAAAAAAAUUAGCUGCCAAGAGUUUAUCAUAAUUUAUUUUUAACACAGUAAACAACUUUUAACUCUGAUAUGACUCCAAAUAGAGAUGCAGUGAUUUGAGAUGACAGCAUGAAUUAUAAUCACACACAGAUUUAUUAAACUCACAGCAUUACUAAUGUUAAAAAUCACAUCAGCGGUCUUUAUAAAAUGUUGGUCUGCUGAUCAUUGAUUCGUUUUGAGACGGAAAUAACACGGUAAUAUAAUCAGACGGUACAAAAUAAUAAAUAAAGAUGAACUGAAAUACUAUCUCUCUCCUUUGAUUUCUAAACAUGGUGGAAAACAUUCAGUUGGCCUAAAUCCCUGCUGCCGACUCAUGAUGUGACUUUCCACUUACAUAAUGUCACUUAGUUAUUAUGUAUCACCCUCACUUGUGUGUGUGUGAAGUUUUAUUAGUUUGACCUCUUAAAUCGUAACGGUUUUGCGGUCGGUCUUGCAGACGGUGAUCUCUGAAUAACUCCGUGGUCAUUCUCGGUCUACCUGAGAUGUUCCCUCACUGCCGUUUUUACUUAUUCUCUUAUGUUGGAAAGUACAACAGGUUGCUGCUGCUCAGUCCUUCAGCCAUAGUUAAGCUAAUAUCGUGUAAGACAUAAUCCGGAGUUAGGCAUAAUCAUCUUUGGUCGGUUACAACUCUUAAAAUGGUUCUGCAAUCUCUUGAGCGCCCAUGAAGCACGUGUUCGAGAUAAUUAGUGCGACGAAAACUUGUUUUUAUGUUUAAAUGCUUUAAAAAAGUUUAUAAAAUUUCACAUUUUUACGUCUUUCUCACUCUGUUCUUUCUAAAUAUUGAUAUCCUUGGAGUUAAAGUUAAAAAUCAUUCACCUAUGACAGGAUUAAAACCUAAACUGAUAGAAACAAGUAUAUCCUUAUAUGCAGACGAUGCAACGUUUUAUUGCAGGUGUAGAAAUUCUCACUUAUUGAACAUUAUUUAAACUUUUGAAGAUAUUCUGGUUUAAAGCCAAAUAAGCUGGACUUUUAAAAGGUACAAACUUCCAAAUUAGUGGAGGUAAAUGUUUCAGGAAUACAAACCUCAAAGAUUUAGUCGCGAAAAAUCGAAUUUCAGGACUUGAGAUGUGUCGAGAUUUUUUAAUGUUUGUAUAAAAGGGAUAACAGAAUAGUUCACAUAACUAUCAUCUUUUGUUGUAAACUAAACAAAAGAGCAAUAUUAUUAUAUUAACAGUCACUAUUAAAUAGUGUUUUUGCUUUUAAUGCUCAAACCCUCCAGGGGAGAGGAGGGGGUUAAAGACUGGUCGAUUUUCUGUUAUCGUCGCUCCUCCACAGACUCGUCUUUCUCCUCAGAUUAUUUAUGGAGAAACUUUUUAAAACUUGUUGAACUGAUGGUUAAUGAUCAAAAACAGUCAAAACUUCCUUAAUUUCUACUUUUUUAACUCUCAGAAAAGUUUUUUGCUCUUUUAAAAGUUUAUUUCUCCGAAGAGACAGAAAGAUUUUUUUGUUGUUCCUCAUCAAACCAAACCUUCGGAGAGAAAAAACGGACGUUUAACUGGUGAUUUUGGUGGAAGUGGUGAGAAACGUAACGACUAGUUUUGUCUUUAAAAUCUGUGAUUUGAGUGAAGUAAUAAUUAAAGCAACAGUCAAACCUACCUACUUUUACCGCUCAAACUAUAGUUUUCAUCGAGUGUUUGUCCUUAAAUCCACUUUCAGCUCUCGUGACUGAAAUGAGGAGCUUUUCUACGUUUUCUUUUUGGGAUUUUUAUCCAUUUUUACCCAGAAACAGACAGCUGGUUCAAAAAUGUGCUCAUGAGUUUCUUUCUUCUUUUUUUUAGCUGGUGACUCGAACCAAGAAGAUCUUUGUAGGAGGCCUGUCAGUGAACACCACCAUCGAGGACGUCAAGCAGUACUUUGACCAGUUUGGGAAGGUGAGUGAUGUUUGAAAGCGCGCCGACAGGAUGUCACUCUGCGGCGCGAAGGUUCAGCAUUAUAUCUGCGAGGCUGCUCAGAGUGUAAAUCAGGAUGAUUUCUCAGAAGUUGGCGUCGGCGCGGAGAGAAAUCAACAGCUCGGAAACUUGUAGUACCACGUCCCACCAGCUCGAUCGAGACUGAUUCACUGCAAUUUCUUUUCGAGAAAAACUUCACUUGGAGUCGAGCGAGCGAGCGUCCUGAAGUGAAGGGGUUACAGCGAAGAAGAGGAGGAGGAGGAGGAGGGCGAGAAAAAGAAGGGAGAGGAGAGGAGAGGGAAAAAUAAUGAGGCAGAGAGGCUUCGAAAGCAGCAGGCGAAGUUAGGGGGACUCGAGGAGGGAGGGGAGGGAGAGAGAGGAAGGGGGAGAAAAGUUUUGUAGUGAGUGUGUGGUGAUGGUGAGGAAGGAGGAGGGAUUAUCAGAAUCUGAAUUAAUCUGAUGUAACAGCUGCUCCUACCCACAACCCCCUCCUCGCUCGUUACCGUGGUGACCUGGCUUGCCCAUUGUCCCCAAGUAAUUCUGCGGGUAAGGGGGUUUUGUUCUGAAGGAGGAGGGACGAGGUGGUGUUCGGGGGUGUUUGCAUGAGUGUGUGUGUUGGGUGGGGGGGUCAGCUCAGGAGUUCACAAACUAAAAAUACAAGUCGAUUAAAACCCCCCCAAAAAAAAAACCUGCGAUCCGAACCUUCAGACCUGAUUUUUAUGAUGAAUUACUUUGUGUUUUUUUAAUUUUUCCGUAUAAAGUUCGCUCGGGUCGCUUUAUUGGGAAAGACGUGCGGUGGGUAAUGGAUGACGGGCUGACAAAGACCCCGACCAGGGAGGAGGAAGGGAGGGGGGGCUGAUUGAGAGAGGUUUGCGGAGGCGUAAGAGGGGGAACUGGGGCAAAGAUGGGGUGUGUGUUGGGGGGUUUACGAGAGCCAUUAUGCCGGGGUACAAAGCUAGGCAAAUAUUUUGUUAGUUUGCUCAGAACUUAUCUGCAUAAUGGAAGUUUCUGGAUUGUUUGAAACGUCCUCUGAAAAGUACGAUGAGAUUAAACCUUUAUAAGUUUAUAAGGAAACUUUCAGGUGGGCAUCCUCAACCUAAAGGCCUCAAACUUUUUCAGUAGACUCCGAUUUCUGCGCCUCUAUUUUCUCGUACCGAAGCUCUGGCCUCGAGUUUCCCCUCACGCUCCCUCCUCAAUCAUAACGUCGAGAUGAAUUUCGCGGACAGAGAUAUCGAGGGAUGGACGGUGAAAUGUGGGCUCCAGCCAUCCAUGGAAGUUCCUGAUUAGACUGCCUCACUGGACCUUUUGUGUCCCGUCCUGGUGAGGACAAAGGAGCGCGGAGAGGGAUGGGCAGGGGAUAACAGGGAAGAUGAGAGGUGGAGAAAAACGGGGAUAAGAGGGAAUAUUGUCCAGCAGUGCGCCAUCAAACGCCCGGUCUUUGAAAUAUGGACUAAUGAUGUGGAUUUAUCCCAGUUUGUGGUUCGUAAACAGAAACCGGGGGCGUUGUUGUGAAGUCUUGAUCGCAUCCUCGAGGGCGACUCUGUUGUGGUUUUAAAGUUAGUUUUAUGGUUUUAUUCCAGUCUGUGGAGUUUUUAUAAAAGUCACUUUGUUGCCGAGUUAGAGAUCUGAACAUGUGUCAGCCGCUGAGCAAAUGUCAGGCUGGCAGGAAGCAGUGACUUGAGAGGCAUCGGAGUAACAGGUCCCCUUUCACGCUGACACUCCUCCUUCACCUUUGACCUUUCUGUAGGCAAACUGCCCUUGGGGGUCCGCGCACACACACACACAAGAGCACACUAUGUGCUAGCGCUAAGUGAGUGUGAGUAUGUGAGUAUGACAAAUUGUUCAGUGGACCGAAUCCAGUAAACUUAUUAUAGACCGAGAGCGCAGAUUCGUUUACCAAAUGUUUGUUUGGACGUCUGCGGGACGACUGACCAGAGUGGAGACACGAACAGAGAGCGAGGAAGAAGAGCACGUCAACUUUGACAUAAACUCUGUGUGUGUGUGUGUGUGUGUGUGUGUGUAUAGAAUAGACACCUGUGUCUUGGCUCCAUAAAGGGAGGCCGGGCCGGAGGGAGAGGUCAAAGGAAGAAGAGGAGGAGGUGGAGGAGGAAUUAUGGCUGACUGUGCCAACAAACAAAGCCUCCAGGCCUCUUUGUUCUCCCUCUGCCUUUGUCUCUUCUUUCUCCUCCCUUUCCACUUUGACCCAAUCUCUUUUUUCUCUCUCUCUUCUCCUUCCUCUCUCUUCCAGGACUCUCUGUGCUCUCUCUCUCUCUCUCUCUCUUUCUCUAUAUCUCCACCUGUCGCUUUUCCUCUUCGCUAUCAGCUCUCCCCUCUCAUCGAGUCUCCACCUGCCCACAGGAUUCACCUUUCCGCCUGUGACUGGCUAAACAGUUUCUCUGUCUCUGCGCGGCCGCUCGCCCGCCUUUGUCUCUCUCGCUCACUAUUCAUAAAAGCAUAUUUGAUGUUGGCUCGAGCUCUUUUAGACGGACUUUUUGUACCGUUGCCAUGGGAAUGUCAAACUUUGGAGGAGAGAAAGGCGGCGGAUUAUGGCCUGUCUGAGAGAAGGAUUGUGACCGGGGCAGUUCAGCAGCAAACAGACUCCAACUUUUAAUGCCACCCAUUAUGUCGACCCACUUGGUCCACUGUGGGGGCUUGUCGUACAGUGUUCCCUCACAUUUUUCUGUCUUUUGCCCCCCUCGGCCUCCUCUUUGUAACCUGUCGCUCCUCUCCAGUCACCCCCCCCCCCUCCUCUCUGUCCAUCUGUUGCUGAGCCUCCCUGCAGAACUUGAGAAGGGCUGAGGUCAGGCAAUAUGCCGCGUGGCGAGCGAGUGAGAGAGAAAGAGAGAGAGAGAGAGAGACUCUGUUGCUGAAAAAACGGUGUUGUUUGUGUCCCCGCAGGUCGACGAUGCCAUGCUCAUGUUCGACAAGACCACCAACAGACACAGAGGUGAGACACACUGACCCCUCUCCGUACCCGUUUAUUUCCUACAUCCCUCCGUCGAUUCGCUCCUCUUCCUCCAGUCUCCUCCCUGGUGUCUAUCGAUCCCCCCUCUCCGCCACCCCACCAACCCCCCACUGGUCCUCCUUCCUGUGGGCUGAUCUGAAGGAGACGAACAGGGCUAGUCUAAUUAGCCAGUCCGUUAAUCUGGAUCAGGAUAAAACCUCCUUAAGCACCUCCUCCCCACCCUGGGACUGAUCGAUUAUGACAGCCUACCAGCUUUGCCCGGGCCUUCUGGUCAGGAAGGGAGGGAAGAAAAGGAUGAGUGCAGAAGAGCGGCGUUGGACGGGGGGGAAGGGGGGCAAAUGUGUUAAGCGGCUAUUACAGCACUGAUUACUGGAGACUAUUAGCUAUACUGCUGCACACACACACACAAACACACACACACACACACACACACACACACAGAGAGGCCUACUGUCUCCAUGUGAAACUCACCAAACAUUUCCUCGCCAGGCUUUGGUUUCGUGACGUUCGAGAACGAGGACGUGGUGGAGAAAGUCUGCGAGAUCCACUUCCACGAGAUCAACAACAAAAUGGUGAUCACUUCAUCAGCUCUAUAACACGACCGCUUCAUCACCAAACCACACGCACUCAUACAUGUUUUAUCUGGGAACAGGUGGAGUGCAAGAAAGCCCAGCCCAAGGAGGUGAUGUCCCCCACAGGCUCAGCCAGGGGGCGCUCUCGUGUGAUGCCCUAUGGAAUGGAUGCAUUCAUGCUGGGCAUUGGUAUGCUGGGUAAGGUUUAAUCGAUCAAUACAGGAAGGAUGUUUGUGUGAGAAAGGGUUAAACCGGAGAUCACUUCUCCUGCGUUAAAGCCACAGCUGUUUUAGAGGUCAGAGCAGUGACCGCUCAGCACGACUCAGAGAGCGCCAGGAAACACAAAAACGACUUUUCCGAAACCGUCCUCAGCUAGAGUGUAACUUUAACAUCUUUGUACCUGCAACAAAAACACAGUCAGACCCUGAAUUAACCAGAAACAAGACAGACAACUCCUGCUAUUUAGUAUUUUAAGCAUUUGCCAAAUUGUCUCCCAAGUCUGAAUUUGUCAUUUUAUCUCCACGAAGCACGCCAUAUUAUCUCAGCUGAUCCUGGAGAAACACUGCGGCGCCCUGCGGAUCACAAGUUGCUUCACAGAGCUGAGAUAGUCAUUUCUCAGUCUCCACAGAUGUUCAAAAUAAACUCCUGAAUAUUCAUCCUGUUUUAAAAAAGUUUGGGUUACCCUAUUUUGCGAGCUCCCACUACCUCCACGUGUCCCAACAAUUAUACCUCAAAGCUCAGAUAAUGAGGCUAAAUUUAUGGAUUAGCCCUUUAAAACAGUUCUGAUCCUCUCAUUGGCCUGAACUCCACCCUCUGCGGUGAGGCCGCUCAUUAACAGGUUUUAAUGUUCCUGUUGUGGAGUUGAGAAGGAAAGCUAAUCUGACUAAAGUGAUGCUACCACCUGCUGUUCAGAGUCAGAAUGACACGCUCUGAUCAGAAUAACUUCAUCUCGGAGUGGAUUUGUUGUCGUUUGGUUGACAUUUAGCUGUGACGUGAGUUCCUCAGGUGUCGGGUUGUAACAAAGGAAAUCUCGGUGUAAUGAGCACGGCUGAGAGUGAAACAGAAGACAAAGACAGUAAGCCGCUCAGUCCUGUUCCUCCCUGAGAGGAAAUCCAGACCUCAGGUGUCGAGUAACACCCACCUGUGUGUCACUGACUCUGUGCUAGAGGGCAGCACUCCUCUCUGUCUCUGUUUCACUCUUUCCUCUAAUUUCCUCCCCCCUUCGCUGUCCGCAGGUUAUCCAGGCUUCCAGACCGCCACCUACACCAGCCGGAGUUACGCUGGCAUCACUCCUGGAUACACCUACCAGUUCCCUGGUAAUCACUCCACAUUUUCUGCUCCUGAAUCAGUGGGAUGUUAAAAAGCGAGAUAAUACACAGCCAUAGUCGUCUAGUGAGCAGGUCUGAGUGUUUUAGAGUCAGACACAGAGCAGUAUUUAGGGGAAGCACUGACGCUAAAAUCAUCCUUGUGUCAGAAACCUUUUAGACCGGUCUGGUCCGGUCCAUCAUCCCUAAACGUACAACAAAAAAAAGGAAAAAUGAAGAAAAUGUUCCCUGUGAUACCAAAAGAUCCAGAACCUUUUACCAAAGUCUCAUCCUGUUGGUUUAAAUGUCUCAGUGGUUAUGAGUCUCUGACAUGAAAAGGUUAAAAACCCUGCAGCAGAGGUGUCGGCCUUUUUAUGGAGGUAUCAGUUUUAAUCGAAGUCUGUUUCAUUACCAGACAAAAACUUUUCAAACAAUCGCUUUAAAACACAUUCCUGCGAGCAACAAUGAAAUAUGUUUCUUGCUUUAGGAAUGAUCACUUGAUCCCGCUGGUUAAAUCAACAAGGAUCACAGUUGAAAUGAGCAUGAACGGCCGUCCACGGCCUUUACGCACUCUGUUGACACGCAAAUCAUCAUUCACGGGAAUAAAGCGAGUAAAUACUUCUCAUUUAGCGUCUAGAUACACGCGAAUUAAACGAAUAGAUGAUUUUACUCACACCCUAUUAAAAGUCAUAAAUCUAAAAGUUUGCAGGAAUGUUAGCAUGAUGCUUUUAAGCCCAGUAUGGUGGUAUUAAUGAGUAGAUGAUUAAAGUGAUUUUUUUGACAACAUCUCUUCCAUUGAAGCUCCUAUAAGGAGUUUUUUUUAUAUUUCUGGAAGAGACUGAAAACUUGGAUGACCAUAUUCUGACUUCCCAAAAAGAGGACACAACUACGUGGGGGCGGAGUAACAGAGUCACACAAAGUGUCCCUUACACACUUCUAACUCAGUUAAUCCACAUGACACAAAAUCGAAACUUACGUACAAAACUGCAGACAUUUGAAGGAUUUUAUAGACUCUCCCGGACAAACCUGGACAGCCAUGAAAGCCCCCAAAAAAGAGGACUAAUGGUCACCCUACUGAAAACUACUCUGAUAUCCAAAAGUAAACAAGACCGUCAGUGUCAAGAUUGUUAAUUUGGUAUCCUACUUUUUUUUAUUCCUGAAAGCGGUGUGAGGGGUCAGUCCUUUCUUUGCAAAGAGCUGUCGUAUUUUUCGCACUGUAAGGCGCACCUGAUUAUAAAGCGCAUUAAAACAAACAAAACAGUCAGAUAAGUCAAUCUCAAAAGAAUCAAAAGAAAAAGUCAGGAGGAUGAAUUUUUAUGUGAAAAGUCACGACACAAAUACGUAAGAUAAACAAACAGAGAUUGCCUAAAUGAACUGAAAAUCGCUCACAGAUGCUUUAAGUGUUCAAUAAUGAUAAGUAAUUUUGAUGAGUCUAGCGUGUUGGAUCUUUUUAGUUCCUUUUAUUAACUUAUUUAUUAAAUUUUUAUGAGCUAUCUCGAGAUCAGACGGCAGAAAAACUAGAAAAAGAAAUGUUAGGCGACAGGUUAGAUCCAAACACUUUAGGGACUCUAGACCCUGUUCAGGAGGCGUAAAUAAGAAUCUAAGUCUGAAGUAAAGUCAUGUAGCUUGGUGCUCAUUUAUGAAAACAUAAUUUUUAAAACAAAAACUUGUUUUUAUUUAAUAAAGGGAUGAUGUUGGUGUCAGUGCUCCUGUGAUAUGAAUAGACACACUGUCACAAAUACAAACAUGUUUCCAUCGAAGCACGUGGAACACUGCGAGUAUUAUUGGCUGCUUGUAAAUAUCAGGGAGUGGAAUUGCAUCUGCUUAGCUUGUAAGUGUGUGUGUGUGUGUGUGUGAGUGCGAACGUUAGCAUCUCAGCGUGUUUUAUCAGAGUGUGUGACGUUAAUUUGGCAGUUUAGGUUUUUUUUACAUGUUGAUGAAAUUAAAGUUGAUUUAAAGUUUGAUGACAAAACUGUAAUUUCUUGCUACUCAACAAUAAUUUUUAACACUUUGACACUCUUCCAUCCUUUAACUCCUGUUUGAAGUCCUUCAACCUUGUGUUUUUAAACAUGUGCUCUCCAUACCUGUCCUCCUCUCAGGUGUUCCCCGCCUGUAUGUGUGUGAGUGUGUGCUGACGGUGGUGGUGUUGUGUUGGUGUUGGUGUGUGUCUCACAGCACUCUGAUGUUUCUGUUUUAGAGUUCCACUUAGAGAGGACUCCCCUUCUGACUUCACCCCACCCCCCUGAGCUCACAGGUCAGUCCGUCCCUCCUCUGGACUUUACAAGCAGCAUGUUGUCAGUCUGCUACACCACACCUUAGCAUCAACACCUGAUCAGACUUUGGUUUGCAUGUUUGUGUUUGUCGGUCCUCCUCCGUGUCUAUCUGGAGGCAGGGUUGCUGACAGUAACAAGGACGUUUUUAAGCCUCCCUCCAGUGACCACGUCAACAUUUAUAUUUGAAUUAACAGAAUAAAAACUCUCAUAAAUGUUCGUUAAGUUCCUGAGUUCACUGGAGUGAGGCUUAAACUGAUGUUUUAAUUUGGUUUCUAUGAUCAGACGUUUCUUUUCUGUCUCUUCAGCCAUUCCUCUCACAGCGUACGGACCAAUGGCAGCAGCGGCUGCAGCAGCAGCAGUAGUUAGAGGUAAGAGCAACGAGAAGAACACUCAUUCUCCUCCAUCACAGGAAAACUAAUGCUCUACUGACCAUUUGCAAUAACAGGGAACGACUUGGUCACAUCCAAAAUUGAUCAAACCUUUUUAUUCUUCGGCUUUUUAAAAACACGGCUCUAGUAAGAUGCUUUAUUUUGACUCUGUCCCUGCAGGGAAAAGCAGAAAAGAGUUACAAGUUUUAGGAGAAAUAAGUGAAUCCUGCAGUAGCUAAUUUUGACCACUUGGAGGCAGCAGAAUACAACUUUAGAAAAGACAGAUUGUCACCUUUACAAGUUGACUUUGGCGAAAAUAUUCUGUAAACUUUGACUUUUUUACUCUGAACGCAUAUAAAGAGAGACAUGUGAAAUGAUAACACACGUAAUAAAUAUCUUCCACUAACUCCUGAGGUAAAUGUCCUGAAAAUGCUUCAGAAGUUUCCAAGCUUUGUUUAAAAACUCUUUGUUCACAGUAUCAGCUGAAUAUAUUUUGGUCUUCUUUUAGUUUCUUGGACCUUAGCAGCUCAGAACAACUCUUUUAAGAGCUUUAGGAGAUGUAUGGAGUCACAUAGCAAGUCUCAGAAGAUCAAUUUUGAUAAUGAAAAAUGUAAAAUGACGACAGAUGAUUUGAUAAGAGGAGUAGAUGUAGAUGCCAAUCACUCACUUUCUUCCUUCUAGUUCUCUUGUAAUUAAGAUAAAUAUGUAAAUUCAGUGUUUUAAAUUAAACAAAAAGCUUUUUCUUGGUCUGUCUUUACAUCGGUUUGUCUCUUUUCUCCUUUAGGCUCCACCCCCUCUCGCUCAGCUGGAUUUUUAGGUACGAGCAGCCCGGGUCCGAUGGCAGAUCUUUAUGGAACGGCCGGUCAGGAGUCAGCGGUCAGCAGUUACCUCAGCGCUGCGAGUCCCGCCCCGAGCACUGGAUUCAGCCACAGUCUGGGGGUGAGACAACAACACAUGAACUAUUUUAUAACACAGUGCUCUCCUCUGAGUUUAAAACUUUGUCAGAUGAAACUACUACUACUGUGUUUGGAUGUAAACUUAAACUAUUACCAGAGUCUAAACUUGUACACAAAGGUAGAUUUUGUAUGUAACUGAAACUGAGUCAGCCUUGUGCACAACUUGUUGACUUGUGGAUCUGAAGUCAAUUCAAUUAAAUUAGAAAAAAUAAAAAACAGAGAAGGAAACUGCAGAUUGAGCAAAAAUCGAACAUUGCUUACAUCUGUUCCCAGUCACUUCAUGUUCAUAACUGAGUGUAAAAACUUCAUAUUUAGCAGGUUUAUUUGAUUUUAAAAUCUGUGAUCCUUCCAUUGUGUCUGCAGUUAUUCCUGAGGAAAUCUGUGAGGAUAUUUAACCUGAAAAAUCUCAAUAAUUUAAGUUAAUAAUGAACUUUUCUUUCUCCCUCACAGGGCCCUUUGAUUGCCACGGCCUUUACUAACGGCUACCACUGAGAGAGUGAGUGAUUUUUUUUCACAUUAUAACAAAUCAGAGGGUUUUAAUCCAACCUAACCUGUGAGUAAUCGUGUACAUAUGUGUGUGUUUUAUUCAGUGCAGAGCUGUAGACUGAGAGCUGGAAGGAGUUGAAGCUGUUUCGGAGCUGAUCUGGUCCGUCUCGGUCCGGCCCUCCUCUCCUACCAGGGCAGCUGAACCUUCACCCCCCUCCCUUGCACCCUGGUGUCAGCCUGAACCCCACCCGCCGCGCUGACGCCUCACUAAACUCCUGCGAAAAAUGAAGAAAACGUUCGUAGACGGAGCGAAAUUGUUUCACUACAUGUAAUAGCAGAACACACAGACACACACACACGCUGUAUUUUUAGUCCUUUUUCUGUCGUUAUGUUUCACUCGGCUGUUUUUAAUUUGUGAUGGUUGCAUUAUUUCUGUUUCUUGUUUUUAUCGGGUCGUUCGACCUGAAGAGAAAGAGUCUCGGGGUCGUUUGGCGCUCUGGGGUUGUAAUUUGUACUGGAAAAACUGUAUAUUUGUCAGUAGUUCAUACUGAAUUUUAACAAACCAUCUGUGAUUAAUACUAUUUCUUUAAAACGUGUCACAAAGUGUAUAUCUUGUUAGGGUUUUUUAACAGAACCUUGUUGAACACUAAUAAUGGUCAUUAGCCACAGUUACAGAGUAGGCCAACAUGAGCUGUACAAUUUUGUAAGAUAUUGUAAAUAUGACUCUGGUUUCUGGGGAGGGGGCGGGUUUUUGUGUGCGGGAGGAUUUGAAAAAAAAAAAGGGUACGCCUGAUUCUUUAAUCAAAUUUCAUGUGUUGGAAAGUCUGAUCGGGGUAAAUCCUCGUUUCACGUGGAGGUCGAGAACAUUUCAGAGCGAUGGAUGUCAAAUUCAGACCAGCUGUUUUCCUCUGCAGACAUUUGUUACGUGUUUCUUUAAAUUUUGCAUUUCUCAUGCAGAGGAAAGAGGCUGCGUCUGAAAAGAAAGGAAAAAAAAAACACAAAAAAACUUUAUUUGGUGUUAAAAGCUCCUCAUGCUGUUUUCUUACUUUGUCAUAUUGUUGUUUUAACUGUGAUUUUCGAUACGUGCUGUUUGUUUAUGAAGGAAAAUGAAGGAGUGGCGUGCAGCAGGAGCGGUCACGCACAGUGACUGAUGAACUCUGCAGGUUGUGUUGAUGUUUGCGUGAGCGUGUCAUGUGGUUUUCACACAUGUGCUGUCUUUUUUUCGGGGGGUUGGUACCUCAUUUGCAAAUGUGAACUUUUAAUCGGACGGUUUUUUUUUGUUUUUAUGAUAUUAACAUCUUUGUCAAAGUGUGAUGGUUUCAAAACGGAGGGGUCUUAUUAACUCGUGUUUACCUGUCGCCCCCCCACCUCUCCAUCCCAUCGCUGUGUAUCCACUGGAGGUCACAGACUGUAGCAACGUGACCCAUAUUUUUAGACCAAAACGACGAUCUUCAGAGCUACUAGGAUGUUGCACUGGCCGAUGACGUUAAAUAUGUUUCUCGAAUGUUAACUAAGAACAAACGAAGCACUCUCCACCCACAGAGCACCGGGUUUUACAUUUUAUACAUACAUACACACACACACACACACACACACACACUGCUGCGGGCUACGACGGUAGUUCAAACUUUGAUGCUGUUUUCACUGAGAAGUAACAAUCUUGUCGACACUGUAACAUUUUCUGAUUUUAUUUUCCUGUAAUGUUUAUUCCUUUGAAAAAAAAAAAACUUUUUAAAAUUCCUAAUAAAUUAUUUUAAAACAUUCCA